AGACCUCCACAGACAGGACCUCCUCCUCCACAGACAGGACCUCCUCCUCCAUCGGCACAGACAGCACCUCCUCCUUCACCACAGGCAGGACCGUUGUCAUCCUCAUCAUCCUCACGACGAUUAAAGGUCCGCCAGCCGGUGAAAGUGACAUGCAGCCAUUGCGGCAUCACAUUAAAUAAAAAGAACUUGCAGGUGCAUAUUAAUAGAAAGCACAGGCCAAAGGGACAACAGAUAUCAGAGACACGACACCUGUCAUGUCAGUGUAUUGAUGCUACAAAUGGCAUCUUUGCAGUCAACAAAUCAUUCUUCAAACCAUGCUCACCAAUACAUGUACAGAAAAAAACCUGGGGUACAAGCCAAAAACAAAUUUGUGAAUUGGAUGAUUGCAAUACUAAUUUGGACUUUGCAGUGAGGAGUGGAAUUCUGCCAUAUGAAUGCAUCCACUUAAAAUCAUUGACAUUUUCUCCCAGAUCAGACACCCCCCCCACAAUUCUGGAAGAAGAGGUGCUGUCAGACAUAGUGUCUGCCAAAAUAUUUGGGGAUGUGAGAAAACAGAGCUGCUUGAACCUCCAGAGCAAAUCUGCUGCUGCAGGGGUGCCUCUCUCAGUUGAUGUCACAGUUGGAGGGCCGUCCUCAAAAAAGUUCAUAUCAGUUUUUGAACCCAAAGUGUCAUGCUACAGCAGACUGGAAAGGGUAAUGGUGGCCUUCGACAUGAAAAAGAGGUCAUGGCAUUGCCCAUGUGCCAAACCCAGACUGUUGUGCUUGCACAAAAGUGUGGCUAAAUGGCAUCUCUUUCAGACAGACAGAGAAAUGUUCAAGACCAAAGAGAGUGCCACUGACAGUGGUGAUGCUGCUGAGACAAAUGAAGAACUGCAGGAUGAUGCAAUACCAGUCGGAGGACAACAAUAUCCUCCUGGUGACAAUGAUCUCAUGAGAAUGGUAAAAUACAUAAUGAAAAACAAAGCUCUACCGGAAAAUCUCCCCCAGGAUUUGGUCACUGGCUCCCAAACAUUAGAGGACAUUUCAAAGGACUUGAUUCCCAAAGAAACCGUAUGUGCAGAAUGUGGAGGCCAACUUAAUGAGCCAGUGCUCAUUACAGCACGUGCCAAGCUGGUGGCAUACACUGGUGUUGUACAUGGCUUUUAUACAUACCGCAGGGAAUGUCCCGACUGUGGGCUGAUUUAUCGAUACCAGGAGUGGAGUGAUGGGAUUCAUAAUUUCAAUGACCAUAUACUCCUCACUCUUCAUCUAUGUAUUUAUCUCCGUAACUCAAUUCAGACACACCAUGCUGUAAGCCGAGCAAUUGAGGUCUUGGAGAAAACUGAAAAUCAGACCUUCCCCAGUAAGGCCACAAUGCUCCAUGCAUACAUGCAUUUUGAAGCCCUGACAGCUCACAGCUACUCAUACUCCUGUUAUAAGUGUGGAUACUAUCCACCUGUGGUUAUCAUGGACCUGCACAGGAAGGGUGUCUUCAAUAUGCCUACAAGUGAGAUGGAGACUCCACCAGCAGACUUUGAUGGCAGAGUCAACAUCAAAGAUUUCUAUGACUCUGUGACGUCUCAGAUCAUUUGUACUGGCUUAUUGACAAGUGGUCGUAAGAACCCCUUUCUUGUUUUGCCAUCAUAUCACAACUGGGCACCUUGGAUUGGACCAAAAUGCAGAGAUGGGGACAUUGUUUUCAACACUGAGCAUGAGAAGUUGCAUGCACCAAGGCAGGCUGCUGAGAUGUCAGAUCUCCAAAUGACAGAGGAGAGACUCCAAGAUGCCCUUAUUAACCUCCGGGUGGACAUGGUGCGUAAGCUAUGCAAACAAUGUGGCAUAGAUUCUAAAGGUUCUAAGAUGGACCUUAUUCUCAGACUCCGGGAGGAGAUGAAGAACAGGUCGUCAUAUGAUAAGAUUUUUGAGAAGGUCUGGGGAGCAUCAGGUGGCUGGGCAGUUGUUAUGUGCCCCUGUGCUGUUGUCUAUUCAAUAAAAUUUAAUUUAAGAGCAGAAAGCCCCAGAGACUAUGCAGAUAUUUUGCUCAGCUGGAAGCACUUUCCCAACAUUGCCAUUUAUGAUUUUGCGAGGGGACUGGCCACACACACCAACUUGAGGGAACCUGAAAACUUGCCUUUCAGCCCACAUGAGGGACGGCUGGCUGAGGCAUCCAAUGAUAAUGUAAAGUCAGCUGCUGAAGGAAAGCUGAAGGUCCAUUUACCAUGGCUAAAAAGUAAAAAAAAGGAUGCAGACACAAACUGCCACCCACUCACAGGAUCAUCGGAACAUUAUACCUUGUAUGAUGUUUUCCAUGAGAAAAACACAAAGGAUCCUAGAGACAUCCUUCGAAGAAUAGCACUUGUUCCUGAACUGGCUGGCUGGGUCAACAGCCAGUGUGCUGAGCAAUUAUUUGCAGACAUGAGGAAGAACAAUUACUUUCUGAAUACACUCACACCGUCUGAACACAUCUUCAUGAUGCGCAACAUAUUGCACCACUACAACACACAAUGCAACAACAAGACUGAAGAAAGCAUCAAGAAAGUGGUGAGCGAGGAUGUCCUGCAGUUGGAUCACAAUGGGCAGAUAGUAAUGGCUGCACAGCCACCCACAGAAGCAGAUGUAACAACACAACCCUACUGUCCAAGCAUGUCUGACCUGCUUCCAGGUCUAACACCUAACCAGACAUCUGACCAACUGAACAGGAGGAUAUGGGCUGUUAACCCUCUCCCAGCACAACAGAAAUUGUUGGCGUAUGUGUUGGAUAAAAACAAAGAUCCGUAUGAGGACAUACUUUCUUAUAGCCCAGGACGGACAUUAACAAGAUGUGAUUUCUGGUCUUUGGCCUUUGAAGAGGUUGAAGCACAGAUUGCUGAUCAGUGCUUUCAAGUCAUAACUGCUCUUGGAGCUUCACAGGUCAGCUUGUUUUUGUUCUGUGUGGUAUUAUUAAGCCUUUGGCAGGGAGGCCUUGUGGCCUUAAGAAGAAAUUUCUCACUUCUCAUGGAGUUUGUCACAGGCUUUACACAAUACAUUUUUCCUACAUUUUCUAAAAAAAACUGUAGCACUACUAGUUUCUGUCUCUUCAGGGCAAAGAUGUCCACACUUUCAGCAUCUAUUUGGUGGUUACCUGGUUACCACCAUUUCACAAUGAUCCCCUUGCAGCUUUACCUGACAAUAUUGGAACAAAGGACAUCAUUUUACUCCCUUCGUGGGAGUCCGGGCACUGGAUUUUGUGUAGUCUUGGCUAAUCACAUUUCACCAGGCCAUUGGAACACUGUAACAUUGAGUCAGUUGAAGGGUGCACCACUGCAGUGGGGAGGGAAUGACUGUGGGGCAUACAUGAUGAUGUAUGCCCUCUAUGUGACCCUGGACAUGCCUUUUGAUUUUGCUCAAUCAGAUAUGCCCGUAAUCAGGAGUUGGUGGUGCCAACAAUUACUGAAGACAUUUCCUCUGGCUGGUCAAUUCAGCCCACCAGAGCCGGAAAUGAUGGAGGUCACCCAAGGAGAGCCCACCCCAACAGAGCCAGACACUAUGGAGGUCACCCAAAGAAAAGAAAUACAAGACGUGCCUGUGAUGAGAGGCAUUAUGGUGGCCUGGAACUGGGUGAAGGAAAACCAAAAACACUUUGCUGGAAAGGUUAUCCCACCAGACAUCAUCAGUAUGGAUGAAGACGACGCAGCAAUGGCCAUCACAAUGCAGGAACUGUUCAUGACUACACAUGACAUGGAUAGGGAUGAGGAUGAAAUUCGGUCUCCCUUCAUUUUCACCUUCUCAAACAAAGAUGAUAUGGAGUUUUUCAUGCAUGAAAUAAGAGACAAACGAGAUAUCCGUGUGUCUUGCAUGUGCAACACAGAUUAGUACUUGGUGUUUUGCUGUUUGGUUUAGUUUACCAAUCUGUCAUCAAUAACAUGUAAAAUAAAAUCAUCAACAUCUCAGUCA